GAUAUUUCCUCCCUCUCAGACUGUCCCCCUAUUGGACUGGAGUCGCACCGUGUCGAGGGAGACCAGCUCAUGGCUUCCUCCAUGUUGCACUACGGGUUUGGCCCCCAAAGAGGGCGUCUCAAUAUGCAGGGUUCAGACGACGAGGAUGAUUCGUAUGGCGGAGCCUGGUGCGCUAACGCAGAGGAGGGGAACCACUGGUUUGAGGUCGAUGCUCGCAGGGAGACCGAGUUUACCGGUGUCAUCACCCAGGGCAGAGAUUCGGAACUACACAACGAUUACGUCAGCACGUUCUACGUGGCCUUCAGCAACGACAGUCGGGAAUGGACUGUGCUCCAUGAUGGAUUCGCCGAGUGGAUGUUCUUCGGGAACUCGGACAAGAGCACGCCGGUCCUGUCGCCGUUCGCGGAGCCCGUGGUGGCACGGUACAUCCGGAUCCUUCCGCAGAGCUGGAACGGCAGCCUGUGCAUGCGGGUGGAGGUGCUGGGGUGCCCGCUGCCCGAUGUCAACAGCCAGCAGAGUCAGAAUGAAGUCACUCCAGUAGACUACCUGGACUUCAAGCAUCACGACCAUGACUCUAUGAUACAGUUGAUGAAAGCAGUCAAUGACGAGUGUCCGAACAUCACCAGAAUCUAUGACCUCGGGUCGAGCUACAAAGGACUGAAGAUGUUCGCCAUGGAGAUCUCCGAUAACGCCGGGGAACACGAGACAGGCGAGCCGGAGUUUCGUUACACGGCGGGUCUCCAUGGAAACGAGGCCCUGGGGCGGGAGCUUCUGCUCCUCCUGAUGCAGUACCUGUGCAAGGAGUACAACGACGGCAACCCGCGAGUGCGCCGCCUGGUGGACAGUGUGCGCAUCCACCUGGUUCCCUCGCUGAACCCAGACGCCUACGAGGUGGCCUACAAAGAGGGCUCAGAGCUGGGCAGCUGGGAUUUGGGCCACUGGACGGAGGAAGGCUAUGACAUCUUCCAGAACUUUCCCGACCUCAACACCGUCCUGUGGGCGGCGGAGGAUAAGGGGUUGGUCCCCAAGAUCGUGCCAAACCACCACGUCCAAAUACCGGAGAAUUUCCGGACGCUGAACGGCUCGGUUGCUGUGGAGACCAGAGCCAUCAUUUCGUGGAUGGAGCAGAUCCCCUUUGUGCUGGGGGCCAACCUUCAGGGAGGGGAGAAGGUGGUGACGUACCCGUUCGACAUGGCGCGGCCCGCCAAGAUCGAAGGAGAGGACGGGGCCCGGAGCCGAAAGAAGCGGCAGUACGAGGUGGAGGCCGAUGAAGAAAUGUGGAGGAGCAUGUACCAGCACCACCACCACCCCGAGGAGGAGGAAGACCAACGGGCCAUGUACCACCAGCACGAGGAGGAGGAAGACCCGAGAGCUUCGUACCACCAACACGAGGAGGAGGAGGAGGACCCGAGAGCUUCGUACCACCACGGCGCGGCGGAGGACGAGCCCAAGGUUUCACCCGAUGACUCGAUGUUCAGAUGGCUGGCGAUCGCCUACGCUUCCACGCAUCUCACCAUGACUCAGACCUACCGCGGAGCCUGUCACGCCGACGACAUGUCCCGGUCACAGGGCAUCAUCAACCGCGCCCAGUGGAGGCCCGUCAUGGGCAGCAUGAACGACUUCAGCUACCUGCAUACCAACUGCCUUGAGCUGUCCAUCUUCCUGGGCUGUGACAAGUUUCCCCCUGAGAGUGAGCUGGCCCUGGAGUGGGAGAACAACCGCGAGGCCCUGCUCAUACUCAUGGAACAGGUGCAUCGUGGGAUUAGGGGCGUGGUGAAAGACCGCGAUGACAACCCCAUCGCCAACGCCACCGUAUCCGUGGAGGGAGUGGAUCAUGAUGUCACGACAGCUGCCACAGGGGACUACUGGCGGCUGCUGAACCCGGGGGAGUACCGCGUGACGGUGCGGGCGGAGGGCUACGCCCCCAACACGCGGCUCUGCGUGGUGGGGUACGACCUCGGCGCCACGCCCUGCAGCUUCACGCUCACCAAGUCGCACUGGGACCGGAUCCAGCAGAUCAUCGCCAUGAACGGCAACAAGCCCAUCCGGCUGCUCAGCCCCGUGCGCAACGGCGGCGCGGUGGCGGGCGGCCGCUACAAGAACGUGUACGUGACCGGGACGGGCGUGGAGGACGGGGGCCGGACGCUCACCGCCCGCCAGCGGCGCCUGAGGCGCCUGAGGCUGCGUCGUCUGCGUCGGCUUCGCCUGCUGAGGCUGAGGGCCGGCAUGAGCACCGCCGAGCCCACCACCACCACCGCCGAGCCCACGACGCCCGCCCCAACCACCACCCUGCCCCCCACGACCACCCCGCCCCCUACCACCACCACCCUGCCCCCUACCACCACUCUCCCACCGACCACCGCUCUCCCACCGACCACCGCUCCGCCUCCCACCACGACCGACGCACCCCAAGUGCCCGAUACCACCGCCUGGUACGACUCCUGGUACGAGAACCCCAACACCACCCCCGACGGACAGAGCUACAGCUUCACCGACACCACGCGGGAGUACUACUACGAGUUCCAGACAGAUUACUGAGACACUACUAACAGCAUGCACUCACACCUCUGCUAAUAUGAAAGGGGGAGGGGCAGGGUUUUUUUUUUUUUUAAUCAGUUUGUCAGUUGUCUGUAAAGGUGGAGAAAUAUCUCCCAGGAGGUAAGGCUUCCGGUGGAGAGAACUUUGCAAAGGAGCACGGCAACCUUCCCCGCAUUUCUACACAAACGUCAAGUCUUCCGAUGUCCGUUUCCUUAAGGGAGCCUCUGGAUGGAGGCCGCUACACCCGAUUUAGCCAAAGUGAGAGAAUGGGCUUUAACACGCUAGCUCCUCUGAAGAGCGUGGCAUUAAAGGUGAUAUACAGGAGCCUUCAGUCUGAACGUACUUAACAGACACCACCUUAAAAAAACUGUGUGGGGAAAAUUAGAUAAACCUGCAAUCCAUUUUUGUCUCUUCGUAGUAAACACACCUUCCUGAGAAAACUCACAAUUGGCCUUUUGAAGUUUUAUAAGUGCUUCAGUAUCAUUUUUAGGCCUGCCUCCCUAAUCCCAUAGAGGCAAGCAGUUUGCCUUUUGCAACAACUUUCAUGGGGAAAAAAUGCAAGAGUUGAGUUUAUUUACAGUUUUUCCACUGUUAACAAAGACAAUGUCUUUGGAGAGAAGAGUCAGUUGAGAGCAAACAGUUGGUUUUGAUGGGAGGGAAAAUGUCUAAAAUGCUCCCAAUUAAUCAAUUGUCAGAGAAACUUUAUAUUUCAUUUAAUAAACAUGGGUUUGCUUA